GUGGUAUUGUCUGGUGAUGAUCUCAGUGAGAACUCUCUGAAAGUUCUUGAAUCAAAGACUGAACUGGAAGGGAUAUGCAUUACAGGCAAGUACAGAUUCUCCAGAGGUAUGUCUGCAGCCGACAUCAUGAAGUCUCUCAGAAAAUCCAUGUCUCCUACUGUAUUGUUUGUCACUCAAAGAGAAAUGGAUGAACUUCUGAGGAAUAAGAAGGUUCCAGCUGAUGAGAAUUUGGUAUUUAUAACACCUGAUGUUCUCUCUGAUUCUGCGUCAAGCUAUCCGAAACAAGUCAAGAACCUACUGACAUUUCGAAAUAAACCUACAGUCAACACAACAGCGUAUUUAGACUACAUGAGUUCACUCCGACCAGACGUUAAUAAUCUUUAUGGCUUCUUCGAAGAAUAUUACCAGGACAUGUUUCAGUGUGAUCUGCCUAGAAACUACAAAUUCGGCAAGCAGUGUUCCAUGCCAUUCCCACCAAUCACACAAUCACCGAAUUUUUCGCUGGACAACAUCAUCAGUUCAACUAUCAAUGCCGUCUACAUAACGGUCCAGGCGCUCGAUAUGACACUACAGCAACUGUGUGGUCAGAGCUACACAGACAUCUGCUAUGAGUUCUACGUGAAAGGGCGACAACAGGAAUAUUUAUUGAGAAACCUGGACAAAGCCAAAGUCAGUAGUUCCUCUUUGUCUUCCGCGUUCCAGUUCGUUAACCGAGAAGGGAGUGGAGAGUAUGACGUCAUGCGAUACGACGAAGCGGGUGUUCAGCAGAAGGUCGGUACUUUUAAUGGAAUCAAUCUACGAAUGAAUGACUUAUCCAAAUUCUACAGUUCCGUUGUCAGUACUUGCCUUGAGAAGUGUGACAACUGUGUACAAACGAGUGCUAACUUCACUUACAUCCCCGGGGACAUAGUGAUUGCAGGCGUCUUCGAUGUCCACCACAAAGGCUCAAGCCUGUUUUCCUGUGGAAACAUUAAACUCUACAACGGUUUUCAGAACCUGGAAGCCUUUAACUUCGCCAUUGGAGAAGUCAAUAAAAAAGCAGGAAUAUUUCAAAAUAAACUGAGGGGUGUCCAGUUGGGAGGUGUCGGUCUAGACAGCUGUGACAACGACGUGAUGGCUGCCAACUUGGUGUCUAACCUAAACAAUGGAAUGAUGAAGGUCACCAAAAAAACCGUACCUCUGAAUCCCUCCGACAUCUACGCCUACAUUGGCGGCGGAACGAGCGAUUCUUCGAUUUAUUUGGACCGAAUACUGCGCUCUAUGCAAAUACCUCUCGUUGGGUACGGGGCUACGACUACACAGCUGAACGACAAAUAUGAAUUUCCGAAUUUCCUUCGGACGGUACCAACGGACGAUCGUCUAGCGAAGGCCAUUGUGAAUUUUCUGAAGCACUAUAAAAUUCCUUAUAUUCAGAUUGUUCAUUCUUCAAGCAGUUUUGGCGCAAAGGGUGCCGAAGUAUUCAAAGAAUAUGCGCUGGAAAACAAAAUCUGUGUGGCCCAAACUGUCCAGUUCAUAGAACAAGGAAUAUCUGCGUCUGACAGCGCCAAUAAUGUCAUGAAAACCCUGUUGAAUAAACCGCUCGCAAAUACAGUUGUCAUUUUUGCAGAAGUUCUUUAUACCCACGAAUUACUAAAAAUCCUUAAACAGGAACCAAUAGGGAUCCGAAAUAAUUACAAAUUCAUCGCCGCAGGACUUUGGGGUCAGAGACUCGAUGUUAUAGAGGGCGUUGAAGAGGUGGCAGCUGGUUCGGUAACCAUAGCUGUCGACGGCAUAGACAUCCAAAAAUUCGAUAUGUACCUCAAUUCCAAGAUUCCAGAGAACGAGAGAGACAACCCGUGGUUCACUGAAUACUAUGAAGGUUUAUUCGACUGUUAUCUGGCAAAACCGAAAACUAAUCUAAGAACCAAGUGUAGCGAUUCACUUAAUAGGGUGACCAAGUCUGAGAAAUACGCUCAAGAUGACAGCGUUUUGAAUGUGGUUAACAGCGUGUUCGCGGUGGCACUGGGCAUAGACAAGACUUUGGUUGAUCUCUGUGGUGUAAACUAUACGGGAUUGUGUAGUGCUUUUAAAUCCGCCAACAGUAAUUAUCAACUGUUCAACAAUAUAAAGAACGUCCAGUUUAAGGAAUUCUCCGAUGUCAUAUUUAAAUUCAACCAGGAAGGAGAUGGAUACAAGGGCUACAAAUUUUUUCAGGUGCAAAAUAUUUCACCUGUGCACUACGGUUACAAAGAGAUUGCUUCUGCCAAUGUAUUAGGAACAUUAUCCGCAGUUUCAAACGAUUUCAUUCCCUGGAAAACGGCCUGUACAACGAUAGAAGCUUGUUCAGAAUGUUUCAUCUACCAGAACGAGGUUAAACGUUACACACGAUACCCAGAUUUCAAAAUGUCUAACGCCAUGACACCAAUUAUUGUUGGAAUAUUUGACGUACACUCGCCCGGCAGGAGCCUCAUUCAAUGUGGCAGGAUAAACGUGGAAGACACACUACACUUGGUUGCUUUCUUUGACAGUAUCGAUAGUGCGAACGCAGCCAAUCCAAAGGAAAAAAUUGUCGGCUUGGCUCUUGAUACAUGUGGCCAUUCUUUACACGUCGACCAGGACGCUUACAGUCUGCUAUCGUCUGGUACGAUAUGCCACGACGACAGCCUAAUGUUAAACAAAAGCAACAUAUUCUCGUUCUUCACGAUGCACGAAGCCAAUGCGAUCGCAGCCCAACGUGUUCUGCCGUAUUUCAAAAUGUCUUACCUCAGUCCAGAUUUGACCGACAUUCGCUUCGACGAUUUGAAGAUGUAUAAGUAUUUGUUCAGAAGCAAAGGCUCCCUGUACGAGAAAGUCGUCUUGAUAUCUCGAGUCUUGAAAACGAAGCAAAUAACUCCCGUUGCCGUGGUGUAUUCUGAUGACGAAAGCCACAAAGCUCAGUUAGAGACGUUUAAAGUGGAAUCAUCCAAAGACGGAAUCUGCAUUGAAGAAAUUCUCAAGGCUUCUGAUGAUAACGCGCUCACUUCGCAAGCGAAGAAGCGAGCCACCAGGGCGAUUGUGCUGCUGACAAACUUGCGUGAUGGUACUUCGAUUAUGAACCAGACAAAACAGCUCAGUUCACAGAACCAGCAGACCUACUUGUUUAUUGGCGUUGAGGACUGGAUGAAAAACUUAAACAAAGACCUCAUCUCCUCCGAUCAAGUAACAUUGUUUAUUACUGAGAGAAAAUUCCACUCAUUACCGCCAUUUGAGAAGAAAAUCAAAAAGAUGAGCUUCCAAAAUAAAUUGGGUCUUCCGGACAUUUGGUUUGAUGAAUUCUACCAGAAGUUUCACAACUGCAGUCUGACACCAUCCCAAUACAGCAAACCGUGUACCAGAUACGAAACCGUAACAGACGAUAUGAUAGCUAAAAUCGAUCAAACAUUGAUCCUAAACACAAUUGCCGGGACGAAUGCUUUAACCGAAUCCAUCCAAAACUGGAGAAAAACAUGUAACGUAGACAAACCGCCAGCAGGAUGCCAGUUAUCUUCCCCUGAAGGUCGCUUACGAUAUUGGUCGCAGUUGAAUGAUGUGGAAUUCAAAACAAACAAAAGUCUUUUAAAACCGGAAGCCUCUCUAGAUUUCCGGUUUUCUAAGCAAGUUUGGAGUCCAGGUUAUCUUGUACAAGAACUCCAGUCGAAAGAGCAGUAUACCUUUCAAACAGUCGCUACUUUUAGCAACGGUGUCUUAAAACCAUCUGUACCAAACUUCAAAACAGUCACAGAAGAAGUUCUUCAGACCAUCCUGUUUUGUCCUGGCUGUCGCUGUCUAAAUGAGCAAGGAACUGCAGAAAUUAGCAUACCAGGUUCAAGUUCUUUGGUUGGUGCAACAAACUUGAUGCUGAAAGAAUCGACAAUUCGCAACUAUUUCCACUACGACGACGACGAUGUUCGCCUCUUCGACUGGCCGCUAUGGGCCAUUAUUCUGGCAGUAUUGACCAGUAUCGGCAUCAUUUUCACCGUUCUGCUUUUCUUCUACCUUCUCAUUGCCUAUCCGAUCCGCGGUGGAACUACAGGUCUAGGAUUCUUGUUUUUAAUCGGUAUUCUUGGAAUUUAUGGCGUUAAUUUCGCGUUCUUUGCCCAAGCGAGCAUCACCGUUUGUGCAGCCAGAAGGUUCACCACGGCUGUCGUUUAUGCUAUCUGCUUUGCCUGCUUAUGUGUAAAGUCUGUAGACAACUGGAGAUACAGUAGUAAUGAGAUCGAUAGCCACGACUACCGCCGACUGUCCAGUAGCCUAGCACUGGGUAUUGUUACGCUACUCAUCGUUCUCGUGCAGGUCAUCCUAAACUCUGAAUGGCUGCUUCUUGUCAAGCCUUCAACAGUGACCCUAUACCCUACGAUGAGCGUGCGCAGAGGUUCUCCAGAUACCCUCAUCAAACUGCGGCACGACUACGAAUGGUGUACCCCAGCAGACUCCUACGACACCGGCAUGGCCCUUUCUUUCAUAUUUGUCAUAAUUCUCGACAUUUUCGCCAUAUGCUUCGGUUCGUUGCUCUGGGACAACGAGAAGAACUACUACGAGUCGCGCUGGAUCGUGGUCGCUUGCCUGUGUUCCAGCAGUUGCUUCCUCAUCUGGAUGGUAGUCUCGACCUCUUCCAAUGCAGUGUUCCGCGACCCAGCUGUAGCUAUCGGCAACUUCAUCAACGCCACCGCGCUAUUGGUCGUCAUGCCACUGCGCAAAGCCAUUUUGUUAGUGAAAAUCAAACAGGAAGUCGAGGAAGAGGAAGAGGAAAAGGAGAAACCGUAUUCUACGAUAUAUCACAACAUUGACAACAACAAAGUGUUCAGUGAUUAUACAGGGAACCGCUACUCAGAGAAGUUUGCUUAACAGUCUCCAGGACCACGCAGCCUUCUUUCAACUGACUGACAAGAAUUUCUGGUAAUCCUGAAUGUGACGUACGUAAAGCAGAAAAAAGUCAAGAUUGAAAUAAUACAAAAGAACUAUUCAAACAAUGAAAAUUUAAUUAAUUACAAAAUAACCAUAACAAUAACAACUACGACUUAAUGACAAUUGAAAUAAGAAAAACAAUUCGCUGAUCUCUCCAAACUAUUUCGAAGCGUUCCAAUCAGCAACAGAAUUCGGUCGUAAUAUGACAUUAUAAAACCAUUUUGACAGCAACUAAUCCGAGACAGCCUGUAAUUUUAUGAUGCAAUUCCAUGUUUGAAAGUGUUUUUAUUUAAAUUAAAUAUUUUUCUAAAGAA